GAAAAAAAUUAACUACACGAAUAUCCACUUUUUUUACCCACUGCACAAAAAUUUAGUUUGGUCUUUCAUAUCUUUUAACUAACGAAUCGUGUUUCAUAUUUCAUUAUUAAUUCCAAUACGCGAUCCACGAUAAUAAAAAUAGCAAUGUAAAAACUAUAAUUGCUUAAGAGUUUGGUUAAGUAAUAUGAAUGAUAUGUUCGAGAACAUAUUGUUACAAUAACGCUAAUGGACGAAUGACACGCGUGUGACAUCAUUGGAAAUUAAAUAUUGAGUCACUUUAUGUAUCGUACGGUGCAUACGUAUCUAUCAAUUCUUAAACGUUUUCAAUGUUCAAACAAGACUCGGAACUGUAUAUGAAUUGCGAUUAAAACACGAGUUAUUAAGUCAUCGAUUGCCAGAAAACUACAUAGACAGUCUGUCGGUUGGACUGCCUAGUGAUAACAUGGAUAUACAACGACUGGAACGAUAUUUAAAAAUAAAUAAAAUAUAUUUAAUCAUCGUUGGCAUGUGGCCGAAUCAAAAACGCAAAAUGAUUCCUCGUAUUUUUAUAGAGUUAAUAGCGAUCAUGGCGCAUCUUACACAGGGAAGCAACAUAAUACUAUUCUUUAGUCUAAAUGUUGCAAUGGAUCAAAUUCCAUUUCUAGUGGUGGCUAUUCUCCUAAUGAUAAAAUACAACAAUUUUAUUAUUAAUGAGCAAAAGUUCAAGGAAUUGUUCACGAGUAUUCUGAAUGAUUGGCAAAAGAAGAAAACACACGAGGAGGAAAUGAUCCUGGAAAAAUACGCUGACAAAAGUUUAUUCUUUAUAUUAAUAUACGUAGUAAACGCGUACUUUUGUGCAGUCCUCUUCUUGAUCCUUCCCUUGACGCCUAUUUUGUUGGAUAUAUUCAUACCCUUGAACGAGUCACGGCCGAGGAUCCAGAUAUAUCCAGCGUAUUACUACAUCGAGAAUGAGGCCGAUUAUUAUUAUCCCAUUUUGAUAUUCUCGAUCGUAUCGUUGUUCACGGCGAUGUGCGUGUUCAUUGCAACGGACACAACACUGGUCUACGUCGUGCAACACGCUUGCGGAUUGCUCGCCCUUGCAGGUUAUCGCUUCAAAAAUAGCUUGAACGAUUUGUACUUGUUGAGGAAAGAUGCGAAAGUGGAUGAAAAAAUAUAUAGAAGAUUGUGCUACGCCAUUAAAUCUCACAAACGGGCGCUUGCAUAUCUCGCCCAAAUCGAGGAUUUUUUCUCUAUGAAUAUCUUCGCGCAAGUGGGUGCAUCAAUUUUGUGUCUUACUGUCACGAUGAUGAAGAUAGCUACAAUAACAUGGUCCAUGGAAACUAAUCAGUAUUACGGAUAUGUGAUUGCUCAAGUGGUGCACAUUUUCUUCCUCACAGCUCAAGGCCAAUUCGUUAUUGAUUCACAUAACAAUGUUUAUUGGGAUAUGUACGAACCAUAUUGGUAUAAUGUGCAAUAUAAAAUUCAAGCAAUAUUCGUUCUGAUUCUGCGAAGAAAUUUGAAUCCCCCUCUGUUAACAGCCGGUGGAUUAGUGCAACUAAACUUGAAUACUUUUGCAGAGGAUAAUGCAGAGAUAUAGUACCAGAUACCACGUGAAGAGGGCAAUAUGCACGUGAUUCUGGAUAUUAAUUUCAAUAUAUUAUAAACAAUAUGGUAAUUUAUAUAUGUAUUUACACUUUAUUUAUGUUCUUUUUAUAGAUGAAUA